AUCCAGUAAGAGAGGCGUUUGUGAUCAGUCUGAGGCAGAGCAUUUGCAAAAUUUACAUCGCCUGGGUACCAGAUAUCUCCAUAACUGCAAUCUUCCCUGAUAGAGAGAGAGAGAGAGAGAGAGAGAGAGAGAGAGAGAGAGAGAGAGAGAGAGAGAGAGAUCAACAAAAAACAAAACGGAUCCAGAGAUCUUUUCUUCUUUUUGACUAGCAUUUUCAAAACCAUCCCUUCUCCAGCGACGUCAGUUACGGGUGACCAUCGUGCCAGCCAGGAAGUUUUACUCUACAACCUAUAUUGGCUGUUGAAACGUCAUGACGGAUGAAAAGACUAUUCCAAUAAUUAAUGGAAAACCAGAAGAUGCAAUGGACCCCGAAGCUUCCAACACCAAUUUAGUCCGCAGUAAUGACAAAAAAGUGAAUGAAAGAGGCCAUUGGAAUAACAAGGUUGAAUUUGUGCUCUCUGUGGCAGGAGAAAUCAUUGGACUGGGGAACGUGUGGAGAUUCCCUUACCUUUGCUAUAAGAACGGAGGAGGUGCUUUCCUAAUUCCAUAUGUGAUAUUCUUUAUCUGCUGUGGAAUUCCUGUGUUUUUCUUGGAGACUGCAUUGGGGCAGUUUACAAGUGAAGGAGGCAUCACAUGUUGGAGGAAAGUGUGCCCACUUUUCGAAGGUAUUGGAUAUGCCACCCAAAUCAUCUGCGCUCAUUUAAAUGUGUAUUAUAUCAUUAUCUUGUCAUGGGCUAUCUUUUACCUAUUUAACUGCUUUACAACUGAUCUACCUUGGGCAACUUGUGGACAUGAAUGGAAUACAGACAACUGUGUGGAAUUCCAGAGGGCAAACUCAACUAACUGCACAUAUGCCAAUGCAACCUCUCCAGUUAUUGAGUUUUGGGAACGAAGAGUUCUGGGCAUAUCGAGUGGAAUUGAACACAUUGGGGGAUUACGAUGGGAAUUGGCUGGGUGUCUUCUCUUAGCUUGGAUCAUAUGCUAUUUUUGCAUAUGGAAGGGCCCAAAAUCUACUGGAAAGGUUGUGUACGUGACUGCCACGUUCCCUUACGUGAUGCUGAUGAUCUUACUGAUUCGAGGGGUUACUUUACCUGGAGCUGCAGAGGGAAUAAAGUUCUACCUGUAUCCAGAUCUCUCACGCCUCUCAGACCCACAGGUUUGGGUGGAUGCAGGAACACAGAUCUUCUUCUCCUAUGCUAUCUGUCUUGGUUGUCUGACUGCUUUGGGAAGUUAUAACAGCUAUAACAAUAACUGCUACAGGGAUUGUGUUAUGCUGUGCUGUCUAAACAGCGGCACUAGUUUUAUUGCUGGUUUUGCCAUUUUCUCAGUCUUGGGAUUUAUGGCUUUUGAACAGAAUGUUCCCAUAGAGGCAGUAGCAGAAUCGGGUCCUGGGCUGGCGUUCAUUGCUUAUCCAAAAGCUGUCACAAUGAUGCCUUUGUCACCCUUAUGGGCUGGAUUGUUCUUCAUGAUGCUCAUCUUCCUUGGGUUGGAUAGCCAGUUUGUCUGUGUUGAAAGUUUAGUGACUGCAGUAAUGGAUAUGUAUCCAAAGACUUUCAGAAGAGGUUACAGAAGAGAGCUCCUGAUUCUUGCACUUUCAAUAUUCUCCUACUUCAUUGGGCUCAUAAUGUUGACAGAGGGUGGAAUGUAUGUUUUCCAGUUAUUUGACUCCUAUGCUGCCAGUGGAAUGUGUCUUCUGUUUGUGGCGAUUUUCGAGUCAAUCUGUAUAGGGUGGGUUUAUGGCAGUGAUAGAUUCUAUGACAACAUUGAAGAUAUGAUUGGGUACAGGCCAUUAAAAUUGAUCAAAUUCUGCUGGAUGUUUCUAACCCCAGGCAUCUGUAUAAGCAUCUUCCUGUUUUACUUGAUAAAGUAUAAGCCCCUGAAAUAUAAUAACGUCUAUGUGUAUCCUGAUUGGGGGAAUGGAAUAGGCUGGAUGAUGGCUCUUUCAUCCAUGAUUUGCAUUCCGGUCGGGCUUUUAAUUCAAAUAUUACGAACAGAAGGAACCUUUUCAGAGAGAAUUAAAAAACUGACCACAGCCAAUCCAGAUCUGAAGAUGCGAGGUAAGCUAGGCGGAAGCUCAUUGUCCUAUGCAGUUAAUGACUGUGAUGCCAAACUCAAAGGAGAAGGAAAUAUCUCAGCAAUCACGGAAAAAGAAACACACUUUUAAGCAAAAAAAAAAAAAAUCCUUGUCGUUUUGUAAAAAAUUAUAAUAAAUAAUAUUCCAUUUAAUUAUAGAAUCGCUUGUUUUGCACAAACUCAGUUAACAAGUUCAUUUUUUAAGUAUGCAUUAUAAUUAAGAAGGUGACUUUUUAUUAAUUGUAAAAGUAACCAACUAUAAACUGUACUUGAGAUAAGUGACUUCUUGUAAUAUUGUAACACAAGUAAAUGUUUACUGUUAGAAUGAUGCCAAUGUAUAAUGUGCUGUAAAACUUUUAUCCUUGAAAAAGUGUUUGUAUAGAUAUGUUUCUAAUUGUAGAUAUCUUCAGACCAUUCCAAAUAUGAAUGUAUGUCUAUGGGGUGAGAGGGGGCUAAGUUUCCUGUCUACUUUGCUGUAGACGGGUUUCUAAAAUGCUAGUUUAAUUCCAGGGUACUUUAUUGUUCCUGAUGUUUUUAACUAUCUGUUGAAAUGAAGCACCCUGUUUUCGCUGUUUCCUAUUUACUCGCAGGGCGAGUUUGGAGAGUGCGAUUUUUCCUAGAUAUUUUAUAAGACUGCUAACUCAGAACUCAUGCCACAUGAUUAAACUGAGUUUAAUCAAAGUUGACUGAUAUAUACCCAGUUUUGGUUUCUGUAUGAUAUUUCAAGAGACAUUGUGUAUACUUACUAUAUAGCUAUACUAGUCUUAGUUUGUCUACAUGAUUUUAUUCAGGGGGAAAUCCUUGCUCUUUUGCAUCAGGUUAAUGUGGCUGAUGUUGAGGUAACAGCACCAAGCACUUAAUACAGUUAUGUUUAGAAUGUAACAAAAGCUGGCAGCUUUGAAGGGUACCCUAAGAACAGCCAUAGCUUUUCCACUGCUGCUACAGUAUGGUGAAUUUACUAGGAACUCUGUACACAUACAUAGCCCUUUGGCAUGGUCUACAUCGUCAUGUAUUAUUACUAAUGCUUGUGCUUGUACAUUUGCACAUUUAAUACUGGUUUAACAACUUUAUUUUUUAAGUUUUGUUUUUUUAAAGUUUACUUCUAGUGUUUGUGUACCUAUUUCUGAGAUAAAAAAAGUGAAAAACCAUGUUUCUCUGAAGACUUUUGAUAUACAGUAGUCCUUUUGAAGUUUUAGCAGUAUAUUGAGAAGUUUGUACUGUAUGUAUUGUUUUACACACAGAUUUUGGUAUUCACAGGGCACAAGAUUCUAUUGUCUGCUUAAUCAUUUUUAAAAAUAAAGAAUAAAAAGUAA